AUGGCUCUCAACGGAGAGCAGUCAGACCUCCAGGGCGUCGACAGUAUCGAUUCGCGCAAUAAGCAAUGGAGAAUCAGCACGCGCAAGAGACCUAUUCUCAAGGCUGGUCCUAUUGAUGCCAUGAACGAGAAGCUCGGAAUCCCUGUACCUGAGAUGAUUUUUGGUGACAACUUGGUUGCCAUCGAGCAUAUUCCUUCUGGCUGGGCUAUCGACUUCAACGCCUUCGAUGCUCUUGACCGCGUAUCCAAGACUGCCGACGGCAUGUUGCAGGUUGCAUAUUCCAAGGAGUGGCAGAGAGACCGGUAUGUGCUGCCUGAAUUCUGCAUCAAAGAAGUCGUCAAGCCCUUCGAUUGGUCAUACAGCACAGACUUCAAGGGCCGCACUCACAGCCCGGAUUCUGCUGUCGUCUGGCAACCAACUGAUCAAUCCAAGGAUCCCAUCAGGACUGAUCUCCUUUCACGCCCUGACCCUAUACUUUUCUACGACGAUGUCAUCUUCUACGAAGACGAGUUGGCUGAUAAUGGCAUUGCCAUCUUCAGCUGCAAAAUCCGUGUCAUGGCCGAUCGUCUUCUACUUCUGUGUAGGUUCUUCCUGCGUCUAGACGGAGUCAUCGUGCGUGUCAGAGACACGAGAAUUUACAUCGAGUUGGCUUCCAAGACCGUAAUCCGACAGUACACAGCCAAGGAGGAAUCCUACGACGUUGUUCAGUCUAAGCUGCAGAUACACAGAGAAAAUAUCCCGGAGGAUACGAUGGACAAGGUCACCAUUCCUUGA